AAAAAAAAAAAUUAAUGAGAAAGAAGUUCAGAAGAGGGGAAGAUGGCGGAAUCAGCAUCAGCACCAUCAGCAUCGGCGUCGGAGGAGGUGAGGAGAUGGAGGACGGCGUUUCUGAGUUUGAGAGACGAAACGGUGACUGCUGCAGAUGAUAAUAGUAAUAGUGACGAUGGUGAUAAUAAUGAUAUUGCUCAGCUCCUCCACCAUCUACUCUUCUCCCAUUCUGAGAUUCUCAUCUCCGCCGCUCCCGACCUCCCAUCUCACGAGGUGACCUCGGAUUUGGUGUUUCUGCUGGAGUUAGUUGUUUUGGUUUGUGCUCAGAAUGAUGAGAUUGAAAACAAAAGUAAUAGUCGAAGUUUGUUCACCGUUUUGUCCCGGUUCGUCCACGACGUAUGCCAUCGCGUUCCUCUCCAACUGAAUUCAUGUUCCUGGAGUUUGCUUCUCCGCUGUCUCGGAAACAUGCUCGACAUUUUGAUCCCUACUACCAGUACUAGUGCUACAGCCUCUCAUUCUUGCAUCGAAUGUUUAUCCACCUUAAAAUGCGUUGUGAGUGGCUAUCAGAGGAAGAGCUCGCCUUCGGAUGACAUCCAACUUGUCGAAUUCCUGCUCCAAGUCAUUUCCAGGGCUCAUUCCCACUUGUCUUUGUGGGAAAUUCAGACCAUUUGCCUUACCCUACUCUCCCAAACCAUCUCCAGACUCGGAUCGCAGCACUUUCCUUCUCAACUUUGGAUAUCUACUGUCGAGGUGUUUAGGAAAGUGAUGGAUGUGUUAGCCUCCAACUCCAUCCUCCUCCAAGACAAUGUCAUGACCAGGUUCUAUGCGGCUCUUCUCCAUUCUCUCCAUUUGCUUCUUAAAGAUCCAAAGGCUUCCCUUUCUCACCACGUCUCAAGUUUUGUGGCUGCCUUGCGAAUGUUCUUCACUUAUGGAAUUGUUGCGACUACAUACAGGCAACUCAGUUUGAAAAACGACUUUGAUUCUCCUUUGGAACAACAACCUAAACCUACAAAGCACGCUCCAUACAGGCCUCCCCACUUACGCAAUAAGAACCGAACAUCUUGGACGGAUCAUCAUGAAUCUUCUGCACUAGAUUGUGCAUCCUCAGAUUCAGACUAUAGUGAUAGUGAUGGCCCAAUGAAAGACACCGACAGUCUCUGCAAAUCCAGGAUUAGGGUAGCUGCCAUCGAGUGCAUACAGGAUCUUUGUCAGGCUGACCCCAAAUCAUUAACCACCCAUUGGAUGCUCCUCUUGCCAACCUCUGACGUAUUACAACCAAGGAGGUUUGAAGCAACUCUAAUGACAUGUUUGCUAUUUGAUCCUUAUUUGAAGGCACGGAUUACAUCCGCCUCAACCCUGGCAGUCAUGCUGGAUGGGCCUUCUUCUGUCUUCUUGCAGGUUGCAGAAUACAAGGAACCUUCAAAGUGUGGAUCUUUUACUGCGCUUUCAAUUUCCCUGGGACAUAUCUUGAUGCAGCUUCAUACAGGCAUUCUUUACUUGAUUCAGCGAGAAAAUCAUGGUAGAUUGCUGGUGUCCUUGUUCAAGAUUCUCAUGCUUUUGAUAUCCUCUACACCAUAUUCAAGAAUGCCUGCUGAUCUGUUGCCGACUGUAGUUACAUCUCUGCAACAAAGGAUUGAAGUUGGUUUUCCUUUCAAAAGUGACCAAACAGGUCUGCUGACCGCUUCUAUUAGCUGCUUGACGGUGGCUCUAACUACCUCACCAUGCUCAUUGCAAGUUAAAGAAAUGCUUCUGAAAGAGUUGUCUGCAGGUUUUCAUGAGGCUGAAAUGAAGUCAGGUGUUCUCUGUAGUUUAUUUCAGUACUCAGAACAAGUAAGCAACUCAGCAGUAUGCUUUGAGGCUCUCCAGGCGCUUAGAGCUGUGUCCCACAAUUACCCAAGCGUAAUGUUUUCUUGUUGGGAACGAGUUUCCACCAUGGUUCAUGGAUUUCUAAGUGUACCUACUGCUGAGGUAAAUACAAAACCAUGGAAGGGGAAUGUAGGCACCACAGUGGGACUUAUUGGCGAAAACGUUGUUACAGCUGCAAUAAAGGUUCUGGAUGUAUGUCUUCGUGCAAUAUCUGGAUUUAAAGGAACGGAGGAUCUUUUCGAUGAUAAAUUACUGGAAACCCCUUUUACUUCUGAUUAUAUAAGGAUGAAGAAAGUUUCAUCGGCCCCAUUGUAUGAACCAGAGAUCUCAGAUGAUACUAAAGACGAGAAAGUAGGCGAGUCAGGAAUCGAGCAGUGGUCUGAGGCACUUGAGAAGCAUAUGCCUUUAAUUUUACGACAUACUUCUGCAAUGGUGAGGGCUGCAUCAGUUACAUGUUUUGCGGGUAUUACUUCCUCUGUGUUCUUCUCUCUAGAGAAGGAGAAACAGGAGUUGAUUCUUUCUUCUUUAUUUUAUGCGGCCAAAUGCGAUGAGGUCCCUUCAGUUAGGUCAGCUGCUUGUAGAGCAAUUGGUGUCAUUUCAUGUUUUCCCCAAGUGUUUCAGAGUGCAGAGAUCCUUGCCAAGUUCGUCUAUGCAGUGGAGAUCAAUACUCGUGAUUCCUCAGUCUCGGUGCGAAUAACUGCUUCUUGGGCUUUGGCAAACAUAUGUGAUUCUGUCCGUUACUGUAUUGAUACUAUUUCCUCGGAAGGGUCUCCAGAUUAUAAGAGAAUGUCUCAAUCAGUGGCAUUACUAGCUGAUUGCGCCUUACGUCUAUCAAAUGACGGGGACAAGAUAAAAUCAAAUGCUGUGAGGGCUCUUGGAAAUCUUUCAAGAUUUAUUAGAUGUACACGUCUAUCUGGUUUUCAAGACAAGAUAAUGGCCGAAACCAUCUUAUAUGUGAAGUCCAACAGUCCUGAGGAGUUUCCGUCCACUAGUGACUGGAAAGGUAGUAAUAGCUCUGCAUCAACAUCAUGUUGCCCAGCCUUUUUUGUUGAUCCACGUUGGCUUGAGAGAACGGUGCAGGCAUUUAUUUCUUGUGUUACAACUGGGAAUGUUAAGGUUCAAUGGAAUGUUUGUCAUGCAUUGAGCAAACUGUUUCUAAAUGAGACAUUGCGACUGCAAGAAAUGGACUGGGCUCCAUCAGUGUUUGGUAUUCUUUUAUUGCUCUUACGUGACUCGUCUAACUUUAAGAUCAGGAUACAAGCUGCUGCAGCCCUGGCUGUGCCAUCGUCUCUACUUGAUUAUGGAAAUUCCUUCUCCGAUGUUGUUCAGGGUUUGGUGCAUUUAGUAGAGAAUCUUGAUAAAGACCAGAUUUCAGCACCAUCAAGUUUUAAAUACAGGAUUGCCCUUGAGAAGCAGAUGACCUCAACUUUGUUGCACGCUCUUAGCUUGUCUUCCAGCACUCAUCAUGAACCUCUCAAAGAUUUUUUUAUAAAAAAAGCCUUGUUUCUCGAGCAGUGGUUGAGGCUGCUAUGCUCGUCAUUCCUGGCAUCAAGUUCUGAACCUUUAGUUGUGAACGAGUCCGUUAGAGACCAAAAGAGAGAGAUGAUACGCAAAGCAAUUUGGUCGUUAACAGAAUUGUUUGAAGGGCGGAGGCAGUACGCAAUUGCCAAGAAAUUUGACAAGUUGGAGGAGAACAUUCAGUAAAUUGUAGUCUAUUCAUUCAGGGUUUUUAUUUUUAUUUUCUUCAGUAUAUAUUUUCCCAUGCCAUGGCCGGCCAAAAUGUUUGUGCAGGCAGAGGCAAGGCAAGCAUGGCUUAUGAGUGUUACGUUGUUAAUAAUUGUCAUUUGUAUUUUUUGAGUUUGAUA